AUGGAAAAUUCGUGUGAAGGUCUUGUGACUGUGGGAAAAGAAAGGUCCAAGUUUGGAGAUGACCUCAUCGGUGAGGUUGUCAAUGUUGGGGAAUUCAGCUGUAAUUUCAGGAAAUUACAACAAACAGAUGAAAUCAAGCUGUCGGAGAAUCCUGAAAAACAUGUGGACGUAACAGAAAGUGAUAAUAUCCAUAUGUUGUUCAAGUAUUACAGUCGAUUUGGUUCAGAUACAAAGAAAAACACUUCUUAUCAUGAUCACUCAGAAUUAGAUUGCACAGUCUUUGAAGAAUCUGAUGAUGACAGUGAUAUUGGAGAUCAGGACGAUGAUGAUUAUAUACAAGAAGCAAGUAAUGAGGAAGAUGAUAUUUGUUAUGAUACAAUGGAUGAAGAAGAGGGUGAUACUGAAGAAGAAACUGAUGAUGAGGGCGAAUACCAGCCAGAAAAUAGUGAUAACGAUGAUCAUAAUGAGGAUAAAUAUGUCCAAGAUUUAGAGGAAGAUGAAGAGGACGAUGAGAUGCAAAGUACUUAA